AUGUCAUCCUCCGGUAGUGGCAACUCCAGCGGUGGUGGCUCCAGUGGUGGCUCCAACGGCGGCCAGCAAAGUAGCGGAGGUCAAUGCAGUGGCGGUUACACGAAGAGCGACAACUUUACUUGGGGACAAGCCAAGAGCUCGACGUAUAUCGAUAACAAAGGUUACAAAAGGAACACGAACGAUGGUUCUUACACGUACGAAUAUCCGCCCCGGAAGUACAACUCUGACGGCACUGUGAAGCAUUCUGGCUGA